AAACGCCAUUGAUGGAUUCACCGGAGCUAGGGUUUCUCCCCCCAAUUCUCUCCUCUUCUUGAUCGAAGGUUUCUCCUCACAAAUCGGCACGUAUUCUCUCAAUCAACAGAUUUUAAAAAGCGUUGAUUUGGCUUUGAUUUGAUUUGCUUUACCCAGAAAGGGAGGAAAAAAAAGGAAAAAACAGGAACAAUCGAUCAGCCAUGACGGGUAAGGCGAAGCCGAAGAAGCACACGGCAAAAGAGAUCCAGGCGAAGAUCGACGCAGCUACCACCAACAGAGGUGGCGGAAAGGCCGGGCUUGCAGACCGGUCCGGCCAAGAAAAAGGUGGUCACGCGAAGUUCGAGUGCCCACACUGUAAGAUUACAGCGCCUGAUGUUAAAACUAUGCAGAUUCAUCACGAGUCGAAGCAUCCCAAAAUCCCUUAUGAGGAAGACAAGGUUGUAAAUCUCCAUGCUGUUCGUGUUGCUGCUGAGGCGUCUAAGCCCAAACCGGGUGUGAGAGGCAGCUUCAAGAAGUGAAAUAAAUCCGGAUUUCAUGAUGAUGAUGAUGAUUAGGAAAGUAGAUUACUGGGGAAUGAUUAGGAGUUGACCCAGCUCUGAAGGAGGAAUUUCGUAAAUCCAAUCGUCUCUGUGGUCGCCAUGGCUUCACUUAUGUAAGUUCAACUCUUAUAUUCUAUGAUAUUUAUGUUUUUGAGGCUUGCUUAAGUUGUUAAAACAACUAUGUUUUGGGAGAAAAAGUAGUCUUUUGGCAGGACAUCUCAGAUUCCGGGAAAUGAGUUAAAGUCAAAUCAAAGUGUUACUUGGUCGUCGUUCGUUCUAAAAUCUCAAAAGGGUCUGUCGAUUCGGAAUCACGGAAUGAGUAGAUUUAACUGAUCAUUAUAAUCCAUUUUGUUUAAGUUUUUAUAGCUUUACCUUUUUGUGGUAGUUAUAUUUAGCUGCUAAAAGAGCUGAACCUUUUGGUAUAAAUAAGAUAGCUGAAGUUUUCAAUGAUAUGACAGCCCAAGUAUCAUGUUCUUUAUUUGACCAAGUCUUUGAAUAAAGUUGAUGUCUCAUCUCUUCGAGUGCCUUUGAGUUCUUGUUUGGGGUUGGCCUUUUUUUUUUUUUUUUCUUUGAAGAAGCUUUAUGAAUGAGAUCUUUCACAACAAUCUAUCAAUAUCUGUGUAUUUAUAUUUACAUUUUUGUUGUUCUUUUCACUCAGGCUCCAAUCUUACCUUUUCCACCUUGCACUUGGGCUCCAAGGAGCUACUGUCCCACAAUUUUCUUGUAAAGGCAAUAAUCUUUAGUGGUUAAUUUCAAUCCCCUCGGUAUCAGAUUCAACUUAUGAGCUUGGUUUUGAUUCUUGUGGAUUGGAGUCCUUUUUUGUAGUUAGUGUUUGGAUUCUUUUUCAUAUGCACUUGUACGUUCUUUUAUAUUUCUCUAAACUUGGUUUUUGUAUUAAAAGAUCACAUUGAUAUCAAGCAAUGGCAUAUUCUGAUGGUAGAGCUUUAAUAUCAGGUUAGGUUUUUAGUUAGCAACCGGUAAGGUCGAUUAUGCUGGUUUAUUUGGGAGAAAACCUUGUAGUUUUCUCGAACUCGGUGAUGCGUUCAAUUGGGUCGCUGUUUGCGUUCUUAUGUUCUGGGUUCACCUUUUACCUUUGUUGAAGUUUUUAGGUUUUGGCUAUUGAAAGUUGAAGUUGUUUCAAGUUUGGUCACUGUCAUUAUUUGAGCAUUAUUUGUUUGAAGGAUGGAUGUUUGUUGUUUGCUAGGGAUGAUUGAAGUAUUCUGUCAAACUGAACUGUUUUGAAAUCAGUUGAAACGACUUCUCGAUCGGUUGGUUUAUAUGUUUUUUCUGUUGGGUCGGUAGCAAAAUUUUCAGGUCGGUUGGCGAGCAAGCUCAAGGAUGGAUCAAAUGGGACCAAAUGAACGAAA